AUGGCAGAACCUUUAACAAUAAAAUUGUUAGUAGUCGGAGAUGGAUCAGUCGGAAAAACCUGCAUAUUAUUGAGUUAUACAACAGAUAAAUUCCCAACUGAUUAUGUACCAACUGUUUUUGAGAAUUAUUAAUCCAAAGUUAGUGUUAAUGGAUAACAGGUUAAUUUAAGUUUAUGGGAUACUGCUGGAUAGGAAGGAUAUAAUCAAGUUCGAUAAUUGAGUUAUGAUGGAACUGAUGUGUUUUUAAUUGUUUAUUCAGUAACUGAGAACACCACUUUUUAGAAUGCACUUGAUAAAUGGUAUCCUGAAUUGAACAAAGAUAAAUUAGCCUAAGUUCCAAAGCUAAUUGUAGGAAAUAAAAUUGAUAUGAGAGAUGAGGGUAAUUCAAGACACAUUAAAAAAUCAGCUGCCGAAUAAUUAGUAAAGGGUAUCAAUGCUCAAUUAUUUGAAGUUUCGGCCUUAACUUAGGAAGGAUUAAAACCCUUAUUUGAUACGGCAAUAAAAAUUGCUUACGAUAAAAAGUAGAAAGAGAUCAUGGAUUCUAAAAAAGCUCAAUAGCCAGCCUAAUCAAAUUCCUGCUGCUAAUUGAUAUGA